UCCCCUCGCCCCCAGUGCCUCUCUUUUCCCUGGAAAGUCCAAUGUCUCUGUGACCUUGGAAGGAGCCGCCUGAGACUCUCUGUUCAGCUGGCACCCACAGCCCUGAGCCGCCAGAGCCUGGAGAAGAUGCAGCUGUACCUGGUGCUUCUCCUCAUCAGCUACUUGCUGACUCCGAUUGGUGCCUCCAUCUUGGGGCGCUGCGUGGUGGCUAAGAAACUCUAUGACGGGGGCUUAAAUUAUUUUGAGGGCUACAGCCUUGAAAACUGGGUGUGCCUGGCUUAUUUUGAGAGCAAGUUCAACCCCUCGGCUGUCUAUGAGAACUCACGAGAUGGCUCCACCGGCUUCGGCCUCUUUCAGAUUCGCGACAAUGAAUGGUGUGACCAUGGCAAGAACCUCUGCAGUGUGUCCUGCACGGCUUUACUGAAUCCCAACUUAAAGGAUACAAUCGAGUGUGCCAAGAAAAUCGUGAAAGGAAAACAAGGGAUGGGUGCAUGGCCCGUCUGGUCCAGGAACUGCCAGCUGUCGGACAUUCUGGAUCGGUGGCUGGAUGGCUGUGAGCUGUAGGCGCCUGUGUGGUCCUGCCUCACUUGCCGGCCGUGUCUUGGGACUGAGGGCGCUUUUCUGUUUGCUGCUUCAAUCCAUCCGGUUAUCUCACCACUGAUGGCUCCAGAUGGAAAGGGACAACAGUCCUCACUUCAUCCGGGGGUGCAAGGUGCAGAAUAAACCAGCUAGUUACUCAACCUG